UUUUGUUUGUUUCGCUAUGAUCUCGAGGCGUGGAUAAAUGAGCGCACGAAGUGAUGAAUCACGGUCACGCCGACGCGGCAUCCGCGCCGUGCCUAGGCGGAGGAGGAAGCGAAGGAGGGCAGGAUGAAAAGAAAUCAGACGGGGCGACAAUGCGCUCAAAGUGUGGACACACGCUCGCGUUCGAAGCUAUACAUAUUAAAGGCCCAAAGCUCGACAACGUGAAAGAGAACACAGGUGAUCUGGAGCCGAUACGUUGUACCGAUUUGCCCAGGGCACAGUAAUUAGCUUGCAGCGCCCAGCCUGCCUUCAGCUGUCACGGCGAAGGAAGGAGCAAGGAGAUGGAGGGGAGAAAGCCUGUCUUUAGCUGGCGGGCCAGAGAGUCGCAUGAACUGCCAGUGCGGAUCGCAAUCCACGCGGCGAAGACAUGGUUCCCUUUGACGACGCCUCUGCCACGAGCCAGCCCGUCCACCUACUCUCCCCCAGCCUCGCCUCCCUGUCCUGCCCCUCUCCUCGUGACACGAGCCGGUGUGGCCCAAGCUGUUGCUGCACGUGCUGUGGUGGCCAUGGCACUCUGGAGCGUAUGGUGAAACUCACCACUACGUGCCCCUGGCCCCUCUCGCGUCCCGCCGACCAGUGCUGACCAGCCGACGCACGUGCGCAGGGCAGGGCGUGGGCUCCACCCCAGGACGGGCCGCUCGGGAUUCACGGCCUGAACCACAGGACAGAAGUGGAGGCAAGAGCGCAAGAGGCGCCAGCGGGGCAAGGCCCGGGAGGCCACAGGCCGCCCGGCCGCCCGGCCUCCGCCCACGCGGCGCGCAGCGCCGCCCAGCCUGGCCCGUCGAGCGGGUUGCCCCAGGCCUGCAACUGGGGCAGCGCGCCCGGGGCGCGCAGGGCCUCCGCCAGCCGCGCGGCGCCCUCGUCGCCCACGCGGUUGUUGCCGAGGGAGACCUUUCGCAGCUGGUGCAGCGCGUCCGGGGCGCGAAGGGCCUCCUCGUCGCCCACGCGGUUUGCGCUGAGGUAGAGCACCUGCAGCUGGGGCAGCGCGCCCGGGGAGCGCAGGGCCUCCGCCAGCCGCGCGGCGCCCUCGUCGCCCACGCGGUUGCCUUCGAGGCAGAGCUCCCGCAGCCGGGGCGCGGCGCCCGAGGCGAGAACGGCGGCCAGCUGCUGCGCCUCCUCGUCCCCCCACUGCAGGCCCUCGUAGUUCAGCUUCUCCGUGGCCUCGAAGCGCUGCGCGAAGGCAAGGCGGUAGAGCUCGGCGACCCGGGGCCAGUCGUCCUUGCCGUUGGUGAACCCCUUGCUCUGCAGCUGCAUGUUGAAGGCGUUGGGCAGGACGGGCGCCCGGCGCCCCGCCGCGCAGGUCGUCACCAGCGAGCGCGCACAGCCCCAGUCACAAAAGUAGCAGGUCUCCGCUCUGGUGGAUCGGCCGAGGUCCACGAGGGAUAAACAACUCUUCGUCAGCAUCGCCCCGGAGGACUCGCAGAAACACCAGCCACGAUUGAAGUACUGCUCCGUGUUGCCCGACCUGGUGUGAUUUGCAGCAUCGUCGUACUCAUCUGGAAACCGCGUCAGCAUGAAGACGACACUGGCGGGGUGGGAGUAGAAGCUCCCCAGGCUCCCCAAUGCCUCCUUGAAGAGCGCAUGCUCCAGCUCGAAGGGGCCGAGGGGGGCAUCGUCCUCGAAAGAAUCUGAGCCUUCGAGCCGCUGGUAGGUGUGCUAGUGGGGAACGCCCUCGCGGUCCCUACAGUUUUGAUGGAUGCAGCCGAAGUCCAUAAAUACACUCCAGCGGCCCCUGAACGCGGAGAACCCAUCGGUCGACAGCAGCUGCAGGGCCUGGCCCAAAAAGCGCAGGUUGUGCCCGCGUGGAUCCGGGUGGUUCGCCUGCAGCCAGCAGUGUGAUAUGCACGCGAUGUGCAGCAACGGAAACAAUUUAAUUCGAGGCGUGGCGGCCUUGACGGCGCUGUGGGGCAUGGAGGCCGUCGGCAGCAACGCCUGGCGCGGCUCGAGGACGCCGCCAGUGCGCGCUCGCCUCACCAUCCACUCUGCUUCCAUCAGGACGACCGCUCCACUGCCGAGCACGGGGUCGAGCUCCAGGCCGCCGCAACUCUCCCAGUGCCUGGCGAGCUGACAAUGCCCCAGCCUGCGACCGGCAGGACGCCAUGCAGCAACCCAUCCCGAUGCUUGCAGAGGGCGGGGUCGCCAGCGACUUCCAAGUUGCAACCAACUGCGGAAGCUUGAGCCAAAAUGGCUACGGCUC